AAGACCAAGAAACCAGAGAGAAUGGCCGUGAAUCCGACCACGCCUCUUCUCCCCACCACAGCCAGCUCCCGGAAAGCAUUAAGCAGCACCUGGAACGACUUUUGCGAUUUUGCGCUCAGAGAUAAUGUGCUUGAAGUAGCGGUAGGACUUAUCCUCGCUGCAGCAUUCGGUACCGUGGUCUCCAGUUUCGUCAGCGAUAUCUUGUUGCCACCAAUCUCAUUGUUACCAUUCUUGAGUCGCAACCUGGAUGAGAGAUUUGCGACUCUGAGACAUGGUCAAAAUGCGACUUUGGGAUACAACACCGUUCAGCAGGCACUAGAAGAUGGGGCUGUUGUUAUGGCUUAUGGAGGCCCAAUUCGUUUCCUUCUUGCCGUGCGGAUAGCAGUUUGGGAUUUUAUCAAGGAUCAAUGGGCUGACUUUGGCAACUCAGUNGCUUUCAUGAACAAGGUGUUCAAGUUCUUGGGUAUCGGCCUUGCGCUGUAUGCUAUAGUCAGACUGUACAUCUAUGCCAGUGAUGAUGAGACCAUUAUUAAGCACGAGACGAAGUGCCAGUACUGUCGCAAGAAAAUUAGCUUGAAGCGUUGCUUCAACUGUACCAGCUGGCUCGAUGGACGGGAAGAGAAGCUUGACCAUGCUGGUCUGAUGGAAAACAUAGGCUCACGACUCUGUUCGUACAGUUUGUGA